AUGUCGAUCUCUGGGCUGUUUGCGCGUGAAGAGAAGCCUGAUUGUUGCGACUCUGAUGUUGGCGCGUCAGAGGACGCGGUGUCGAGGGACGUAGUCGACAUGGUUGAAUAUGUUGAUACCGAAUACAGUGAAGAUUUUGAAGACGAUGUCCGCGAUGAAGUUCGUGACGAUGUCCGUGAAGAAGUUCGUGAUGAUGUCCGCGAUGAUGUCUGCGAAGAAGCCCUUGAAGGAUGGGCUGACGGGAACGGAGACGGCGAGGAAUGCGGCUCAGAUGGCAUGACGUCGAGCUCGGGCAGCACAGUGCCCUCUUCGACUCGACAUGAUGAUGAAUACGAGGCGUCGGACGUCGAUCUCGAGGACAUCAUAGCCCAACUCGACGACCUAUGUCGAGAAGAAAACGCUUCAUGCCCACCGCAUCUUGACAUCGAUGAAGAAGUGGCGGACGGAAAGCAGUACCGGGAUGUGGCAGCGGCGUUAAGGGCUGAUGAGCCAGGCAUGGAUACCUCAGUCCUGGAGCGAAUCAGGAACGCAGACGGAUCAAGUGACCGAGUAUUCGACGACUUACUUGCUCCGUUACGUUUAGAGCCACUACUGUUGGAAACCGAAGAGUCAGAAGAACACAUGUUAGACGUAAUACUCACUUGGAACAAGCGCAUUGCCGACCAGCGUAACAGUGACUCGACCGAGCGCCAGGCCUUUGUUGCUGCUCUCAGGGAAAGAGUGAAGGUUGUCGACCAGAUCUUGGCGAUUGUCAGUGACAACAGAAAUAGCAACCAGGACAAUGAAACUGGACAGAAUGGUAUCCUGGAACCUUCUCAACGUCAAUUACUGAAAGCCAUCCACGCAUACCGGCCAGAAACCAAAGGCUUCAAGACUCAGGAUCCGUUCAACAUGCUCAUCAUUAUGUUAGCGCAUAUCCGACAGAAGGAGUUUGAGCUUGCCAAUAAGGACGAUGGCAUAUACCUUGCUCUCAAGGUAUUGAGCGGACAGGAGCAGCUGGAGCACCGAUUCGACCGUGAGAAGAAGAGACGUGCGUAUCAAAGGAACAAAAAGAAUGCAGAGGAAGAUGAGAACAGGGAGGAAGUAAAACGAUGCGAGACCAAAUGGAGAGCUUAUAACAGGAAGCCGGCAGAAAGAGCGCGACAAGGACUGAUGGCCAAGAUCCAGUGCGCGCAGAACGAGUUGAGAAAGGCCGGAAUCGACGAGCUGCUGGGUCUGGCGGUACUUCGAUCAGCACAGCCACGAGCCUCAAGAGAAGCUCACCCGAGUGUCUACACUCCGUCGCUUGAGGAGAUAAUGGAUAAGUGCACCCAAGCAGACGACUACGACAAUCUUGACCAUGAGUUUGCAGAGCAGUUCCCGCAUCUGGAGACUAAGCUGGAAGUGACUUCAAACAAUGCGCAAGACAUGAAAACAGUUCAUGACACGGCGUUGUUCCGGAUGGCGAAGCUCGCCGGUGCUGAUCUGAAGGGCCUCGAUAAGGAUGAGAGGAAAAAGGUAAUGACGGCGCGCCUUAACGACCCCGUUACGGCGACGGUAAUUGAGGAGACACUCAAGGGCGUGACGGACACACGUCGAGCAGCGAAGCAGAUGCUCGAGCAGCUUGGGUUGAUAGGGCAACCCAUGCGUGAGUUGCUGGAAGCUGUAACGGCGAAACGCGACGACCUGAUUGAACUGACACGCCUGAUCAAUCGCGAGGAAUGUCCAGAUACCAGCAACGAGAUCCAAGAAGGGGAGUAA